UAUCUUAGGUAAUCGGGGCCUGUGUUAUGUUACCUGGUUCAUAGUACAUACCUAGUACAUAACCUGAUAGCCCGAUAGCCCGAUAGCCCGAUAGCCCGUGUUCCUUAUCUCUUUCUUAUCUGAAGAGGUCGGGGUCACCUUGGAACUCGGCAUUUUCCUUGGAACCAUGGAGACAGCGUGUUCUUCGUAUCCGUGUGAACAGUCUCCAAGAACCUUUGAUGUCGACGAAUAUUACAGAUUGCAUCAACUCAUACCAUACAGAAUGCGACAAAGAAUCACCUUCUUCCAUAAAAACGAGAAUGGAGUAGAGCCCGCUGCUCUAAGGCUUUUAGGUCGCUACAUUUCAGGUCCAGACAUCACCGCCGAGCGGGAGGACCGGAUUACGCUGGCUUUAGAGGAACUUCCCAUCGAACUUCAGCAUCUACUUCGAGAAUCCCGCGAGUUAUUCAUCCGAUGGCAAAAAGCCGCCCCCUAUAAAGCAGUAGGUCCUUGGACUUCUAGGUUGCCUCCCGGUUUGCAUAUCUUCUAUACGCCUGGAAAUAGCGAGAGGCCCGAUGGCGGUCGCUUGUGCCGCUUAUUUCGGACGGCUUUCGGUCCAUUAGAUUGCUCGUCCACAUCCGGUUCGUUUACAAAACUACCAAAUGACCGAUUCACUCAUUCGACAGCAUACCAAUACUACCAGAUUCUAACCGACCUGUCUCACUUCACAUCAUACCUUGAACAAUACGCUUGCAAUUCUACUAACUCGGAAUGCAAGUCAAGAGUUCAACGACUGCUCGAGGCCAAUUCCGUCGAUUUCUCUUACGAUGCGGUCUCUCACGUCGUGAAGCUCACUGCCGUAUGGCCUGAUGAACGACAGCCGUUAUUUAUCAACUCUCAACACGAUCACAGAGCCGAGGUUGGGAUAAUGACACCGGAUUCACCGCCACACCUAGAGUCGCACGAGCUUGGUGUCACGGGACUAUUAGCAGUUUUGGGUGAGGAUUCUAGGCCUACCCCAACUCUCUUCUCGUUCCCAUCACGCCAUAAGAAUGCCGACGACGCAGGUUUCGAAUCCACUUUUCUCCGUCCGAUGGGUUUGCACCCGACAAUGCAGCUACGCCUCAGCUCGAGUAGACCGCCGAUGGACGAGACAUACUGUUCGUUGCACGCAUAUCUCACCCUUCCUCGAACCGUAUUCAUCGACAAGUAUCAACUUGCGGAUGAUUUAUUCUUGUCAUCGAAAAACCUGUCGGCGUUGCGCUACAUCAGCCAACCGGUGGACCUGGAAGCACCAGACUAUGCAAUGAGACUUUGGGGUUCCAGUGCUCUCCUAGAACUAAAGCCACCUAGAAUCGAAAGCGAUCAACCUUGGACAGCCGAGAUUCCGCUUCAUCUUAGGUACCUGGCACCUGCGGAUCACGGAUACAGAAAUGUCAGCAUCCCUUGGCCCGUGGUUUUCUGGGCAUGUUCGUCCGAGGAGGGUACCAAGUUCGCAAACAAUCCGUUCGACAGGACCAAUUUAGGAUACGACGGCCUAUUCGGCCCCCGUACGCUAUUUUGGCAUGUUGAACCGAAGCCGAGCAAAGGCGAAGAUCUCUAUCACGAAAUCCGGGUUCCCGUUCUCGACUUAGGACAGUCAAACAGGGCCAGUUCCGGAACAGUCACCGUGGUUCUGAUGGGAAUUGUGUUCGUAAUAUGGAAACUCGUAUCGGUCUGUUUAGGGAUCAACCAAGACAAGUACAAACCGGAAAAGGGGAGGAGAAAGAGGAAGAGUCUAUGAUUAUGAUACCAAGAUUGACGAAGCAUCAGCAAGUGCAAUUGUGCAAGUUCUAAACUUUUACUAGGGUCGGGGGUGGGAAUUAAUGACGGCGUUGAGGUCAUGUGACUACGUAUUAUUUGCAUUACUUUUUCGAUGCUGUUUAUUAUAACGGGGCCAGAGCAACGGCACAGAACAUUCGGCACAGAACAUUGGGG